CACUAUCGCAGACAUCUAUAUCCGGUGAAGCGGACUAGUUGGGGUCUUCCACUUUCAGUGAAGCGCGCAUACGAACAGCUGCAGUCAUGUCAGGUAGAGAAGGUGGUAAGAAGAAACCGCUUAAACAGCCCAAGAAGCAAGGGAAGGAUAUGGACGAGGAGGACCUAGCUUUGAAGCAAAAGAAGAAGGAGGAACAGAAGCAAUUGGAGGCGAUGAAAGCAAAGGCUGCAGGAAAGGGGCCGCUUACUACCGGUGGCAUUAAGAAGUCAGGCAAGAAAUGAGUUUGAGGGGAUGUGAGAUAACAAGUGAGGACAGGCAGGAGGUGGAGGGACCUGUUUGUUUCGUCAUUUGGAUCCAUUUAGAAAGCAUCAAAUCAGCUUUUCUUAAGUCGUAACCUUUUUUUCUUUGUAAAAAAGUGUAUUUGUCCAAAGCAGAAUAAACUUCUUUUUUUGUUAAA